GUUUUACGGCGCGCUUUACGGCGUCAGUGAUGGCGACGUACGUGAGCGAGCUGGAGGCGGCUAAGAAGAGCCUCAGCGAGGCGCUGGGCGAGAACGUGAAGCAGUACUGGGCGAACCUGAAGCUCUGGUUCAAGCAGAAGAUCAGCAAGGAGGAGUUUGACCUGGAGGCCCGCAGGCUGCUCACGCAGGACAACGUCCACUCUCACAAUGAUUUCCUCCUGGCUAUCCUUACCCGAUGCCAAAUCUUGGUUUCUGCACCAGAAGGUGCAGGAUCUCUACCGUGGCCAGGUGGCUCAGCAACUAAACCUGGAAAGCCCAAAGGAAAGAAGAAGAUUUCUUCAGUUCGACAAAAAUUUGAUCAUCGGUUCCAGCCUCAGAAUCCAUUGUCUGGAGCCCAACAGUUUGUGGCAAAAGAUCCUCAGGAGGAUGAUGAUUUGAAGCUGUGUUCCCAUACUAUGAUGCUUCCGACACGUGGCCAGCUGGAAGGAAGGAUGAUUGUAACUGCGUAUGAGCAUGGGCUAGACAACGUCACAGAGGAAGCAGUGACAGCUGUUGUUUACGCUGUGGAGAACCACCUUAAGGAUAUUCUGACGUCUGUAAUAUCCAGAAGAAAAGCCUAUCGUCUAAGAGAUGGCCACUUCAAAUAUGCCUUUGGAAGCAAUGUUAACCCUCAGCCAUAUCUGAAGAACAGUGUUGUUGCUUAUAAUAAUUUAAUUGAAUGCCCUCCAACCUGUGUGGCACCUUUGGCUGGUCAGAGUCUAGCUCCCCAGCCUCCACCUGAUGAUGCUGAGCAGCAAGCAGCUCUACUAUUAGCAUGCUCUGGAGACACCUUACCAGCUUCUCUCCCUCCAGUGAACAUGUAUGACCUUUUUGAGGCAUUGCAGGUGCACAAAGAAGUUAUUCCUGCACACACUGUCUAUGCUCUGAACAUUGAGAGAAUUGUCAUGAAACUCUGGCAUCCAAAUCAUGAAGAGCUACAGCAAGAUAAAAUUCAUCGCCAGCGCCUGGCAGCAAAAGAGGGCCUCCUGUUCUGCUAAAGCUAGGAGGCACAUCAGGCCUCAGAUUGCUACAGUGCUGUUCCUUGGACUUGACACUGGGAUGCUUCUUACAAACUUGUGUCAGCAUUUCAAGGAAGAUGUAAGUUAUGAGUCACCUUUUCCUACGGAAAUAUGACUGAGUUGUGGUAUGCUUUGUCCGCUUAAUCAGAGCGGUGAGCUGUGGAGUGCUUGCAGCAAUACCACUAAAUUGGAAAGGGAAAAUGAGGUUUGUAAAGACUGUUUUUUAGGAAAAAUAAAUAUGAGGGUGGAAAGAGUUGCUUUUAAAGAAGAUGUAUUUGUGUUUUCACUUUUGAGCAUGUGGAAUCUGUCUCCUCACCUUCGCUUCUUGGGCAGUUUCCCUUCUGAGCACAGUCUCCAGGGACUUUGUCCAACUUCUGUUGCAGUUGGUAGGAUCCUUGCUGUUCACUUCACUGGAAACAAGAUGGACUCUUGAAGUGAAGAUAAGUAAUUCUGUAAGCUGACAUUGUUCCUGCUAUGCCAGGGGCACUUCUGAUUUGAAAAUCUGAGGAAACAAGCUAGAAAAGGACCUUUCCUUUUUUGCCUUGUCUUUUGAAGUGCUUUGUAUUAUAAAAACACAAAGAUAUACACUGGCUAUUAUAGGAAUCUCUCACCAAUUACCAAAAUGUGUUUUUUUUUUUUUAAAAAAAAAAGAGUAAUGUUUGCCUAUCCGCCUUGUUUCCCCUCUCAUCCCUGUCAUGCAGCAUUUGUGAUGAAAUAUUGCAGGAAUUGGCUGAACCUGUGUCAAGAGGCAUUCUCAGCAAGCAGCUUGACCAUCCCCAAGGUGGGACAGCAACUCCUAUAUGCAUUCAGCAGAGCUACCAAUUCAAUAUCAGUGUUGCAGGAUCUUUGGGUGAAGGAGAAACAUGUAUAAGAUCUUAAUCAAAAAAUAUAGUUAUGCCAAUAUGAGUCAUCCAGCUCUGUAUAUAAAAGGAGGAACUCCACCUGCUGUAUUUCAGGUGCUUUAGCGCCCUCAUGAGUCAGCUGCAUCCUCCUCAGAUGCUGAAGGGAACAGACUUAUUAAGCAGUUUUAUAGAAUUCUCUUAAUUUCUGUAUUACCUGUUUUUAACUACAAAUAUGUAGGUAUCUCCCAAAGGAUGAGAUGGCUUUUUGUUCCUGUUGUGCCAUGGGGUGGAGUGCAGACAGCUUCCUCUGUGGGCAUAUGAAAGGUGAAGCAUAUGGUUUCCCUCUAGCCUGCUUUUUCUCUGUUUAGGAAGUAUUUGGGUGGGAGAGCUAUAAUGUUUCCCCCCACUUCCUCUGCAGUUUCCUUUUCCAUAUGUGCUGCCCACUGUUAAGUGAAGAGGGAGCUGGUUCCUUCUAGUGCUGUGUGUGUUAAAAUUUUAUUCUUUUGUAACUUCCUUUGAACCACAUGACUGGUUUUGUUGGGCCAGACUUGUAGCAAGGGGCUGUGCAUCUGUCACUGUUUUUGGUUUUCCUUUAUUUGCCCCUUCCCUCCACCCUGUCUUGAGGCAUCAAUGCAUUUUGGUGUGAGGUGCAGCAGGAGCCAUAUUGAUAUCAGUGGCUGUCUGCACAAGAAGAAGGUUUUAGGAUUAUGAAGAAACUGGGGAAGGUAGCGGCAGAGAACUACCACAGGCUGGCAGGAUAAGAGCAAUCGUGCACUGGUAGGUCACAUCUUCUGAAAUACAGUGGUGUGUGGUUAAGCAGGAGUGGAGGGCGAGAGGGGAUUGAAGAUGUUUUGGUCCUGUUCUCCUAGCUGCUGUUUUUUUAUUUAUUUAAGCAUAUGUAACUGUCUAGAGUGAGCCAUUAGCUCAUAGAAUUUGACCCCAGUGGCUUUUACAUGAUGGUUUUUAAAAGCAAUGUUGAACCCAGGUAACUGGUGAGAUCAGCAAGUCACCCAAAGUGUGGACUCUGGGGCGUGGGAGGGGGAUUUCCCAGGUAACUGUUAUGCUUCUGGUAUAAAAUGAAAGCAUUAAGUUUGUUUGCUAGAAACUUUGGGGCAGCUCUGAGGAUUUCAGGUCUGAAGGAAUCUUCUGACAGUAUCAGAAGUGAGUUCUGAAACAACAAACUAAAUAUGGCACAACAAAGGCAUAAGAAGCGCCUUUCUCUUCUGUUUGCAUGCGCUAGGCGGAAGGCUCUGCAGACAGAGCCUUCUGCUCUGAAGAGCUGAAUCAUCAGUUCCACAUUGAAGAAAUGGGUUAACCAGGACACCUGCUACACAGCCAAGGCUUGAAUAAGGCAAUCCUGUCAGCCCUGCCUCACAGGUGGGAAAAUGGAAUGGCACGUGUUCUCAACCCACAAAGUGCGAGAUCUUGUGAGAAGCGGUGCUAUUUUUUAAGUUAGCUGGAUGGGGCAUCUGGAGGUCAUCUUGUCCAUCCGCCUUCUCAAAGAAGGGCUAACUAGUUAAUGAGUUACUCCUCUCUGAAGAUGGAUGUGCCACUUCCCUGGUUUCUGUUCCAGUGUUUGACUGGUCUUGUGAAGUUUUUCCAUGCUUCUAGUCAGAAUUUUUCAUGUUGUACCUGUGCCUGUCACCUUUUGAUCUUUUCCUGUGCACCUCUUUAACCCCCCAUUUGAGAGCUGCAGACAUAGUAAGAUCUUUCACCUUUUCUUCAAGUUGAACAAACAUGGCUUUCUCUGUCUUUCCUUGUAUGUUGUGUGCUUCAGCCUCGACCACCUUUGUGGCCUCCAUGGCACUUGCUCCAAUACAAUUACUGUCCUGUGCUGGAAGCCCAAACUGGACCUAGCACUCCAGAUGGCCUCACCAGUACCUGGCAGAGGGGCAGGGUCCCUCCUCUUGCCCGGCCAGCUCCAUCCUUGCCCAGGAUGCUGUUGGCUGUCUUGCUGCCAGGGCACAUUGUUACCUCCUGGGCAACUUGUCCCCCUGGAUCUCAAGGUUGUAUUCUGCAGAGCUGCUUUCUAGCUAGUUGUCCUCAGUCUAUUCUGCUGCAAGGGGUUAUUCCUUCCCAGGGAUAGGACUGGGUAUUUGCCUUUGAACUUAAGGUUUUUCUCAGUGCUUUUUUCCAGCCUAUCUAGAUCCCUCUGAAUAGCAGCCCUGCUCUCCAGCAUAUGAAUCGUUCCUGCUAGUUUGUCAUCUGCAGACUUCAUGCCCAUAUGCACCAUUCCAUCAUGCUGGUCAUUAUUAAAGUGUUAAACAGUAUCAAACCAGUACUGGCCCCUCGGUGUUGGCCCCACUAUUGAGUGCCACUUGCAGCCAGGUGGACUCUGAACCCCAAGAGUAGUACUCUUGGAGACCUGCAUUGUGAGAGCAGGGUGAUGCUAUUGAUUUAUAGCCCACCCACCCAGUCCCUUCUCUACUGCUGGCUCUGUAGCAGAUUCAGCUUGAUCUAAACUUUUUCUGACAGAUGUCACCUUAAAAGCUAAUGAUGGAAGCUUUCUUGGUUAUCUUGGAUGGUCGGUCUUGCUGCUGAGCUCUUUCUACCACUGAAUGCUUUUCCCAUAGUCCUCAGCCUUUCUUUGCAUCAAAGUCUGUUGCUGUAGCUUAGGUCGAAAAGAUCUAAAACUUCUUGUCCUAUUCACCACAGAGUAUUGUAUGGAGGCAUGAAUGGCAAGAAAUAGUACGUCAUCUGCCACAUCUUCAACAGUAAGAAUUGCAUCCUACAUGCUUAAUCCAGUAGGUACCUUGCAAUGUGCUGUAAGUCUGCAGCUUCUUGCAGACUUGAGACUUGCAGUGGGAAACUACCAGCUGCCACAGGAAGAGAGAGGAAAAGUGCUUGAGAGCUCCAUCUGGCUCCCAUGGUGAUAAGAGCUUUGCUGGGUGAAGACAGCUGUCUGAUCUUAGGAGGUAGCCAGUGCCUCUGGAACAGUGGAAAGCAGAAAUAAACCCCCCCUUUUUUUUUUCCUGACAGUUCCAGCUGUCAGACCUGAUCUUCAGUCUGAGCCUUUCCAGCUGGAUGCUGAGGAAAGUCCCAGAGGCACAAACAAGUCCUUCUGUACACCCUAAAUGGCCAAACUCCUGACGCUACUGAGACUGGUAACUUGCAUCCCUCUUUCUCCAAGCUUUGUGCAUUGACAUAGGGGAAAACAUCUCCUUCUGCUUCAGAGCAGAAAUCUGGAGCAUGGCACUUAUCAAACACGUGCUGCAAUCUGCUGCCUUUCUCUUAGCUUAGUUGCUUCCAUGUCUCCUCCCAGCCUUCAGUCUUCUCCUACAGCUGAGGAGGGAUUUCAGUUACCCUAGUUAUAGUUGUUUGUCUUCUCUAAAAGAAUAUCUUGCUGCUGUAGAAGGCAGGUUUCUCAAAUUUAACUGGUGGUUUUGUGUCACCUUCCUCAAACUGGGAUGACUCUUUAGGAUACUUCUAGCAAAGAGGAAAAUGAGGAAAUGAGAAUGCUUGCACUUAAUUAAGAAACCACAAAUUCUGCAUUUUGUGUCACUUAACACCAAUGAACCGAAAGCUGGGACUACAGAAAUGCCCUGCUGUCCAGUAGGGCCAGACUAAACCAAGAAAGUCUUUUUCUUGGGCUUCUGGGGUGGAAGGAGCAUUGCUGCAGUCAGGAGCUGUCAAAGAAAAUCUCCACAAAAUAGUUCUGAGAAAGCAGCUGCAGAGAGGCUUGUGGCAUCUGUUCUCAUGAUGGAUGUGCCUUGCUGGCCUAAAAUGAUGUGCAGAAGUGUUUGCAGGCCGUACUUGUAGCAACAGUGUGAUGCCAGCAAGCUCCUGUCCCAGCAAAAGGCAUGGCUCAUACUGCUGCAGGAGGUGCUUUGGCAGCACAACUUCAGCUGGCUCCUAGAAGGAAAUCACACCUGAGAGGUUGGUUUGUGGUGGUAUCCUUCUACACCAGUGUGGUUACUGGCACGGUUGGUUGGCAUGAGGAGAGGAAGAAUUCAAAUGCCUCGCAAUUACUGCAGCAGAAGUUCUAAUGUGCAGCUGUAGACUGACAGCAAUCUCUUCCUCCUGGCAGGGAAAGGCAGAUCAGAAAAAUCUGUUAUGCUGUUUGCUUCUGCCCUGGCGAGAUGCGGUAAGGUCCUGCUGUGAACUGUGCCAUGUGCUUCUCAAGAGCUUAUGAAACUGCUGUUGAAUAUCAUGCCUCUCAGGAGGCUGGAAAGCCAAGCAGUAUUGGGUAAAUGCACCCUCUGUGUCCCUGAGAAGGCCAAUAUGCUCUGCACCCUGAGCAAGCCCAGACCUGUGCAUCUAGGAAGCCACCAGUUUAUGGAAAUGUUCUCUGCUUGGUACUGCUGAGAAUUGUUUGCACAGCAGCUGUGCAUUAAUGAAGAGCAUUCAGGCAGGCCAUGGAUGCCACUAGUGUCUUCAGCCCUUAGCCAGCUACCUUCCUCAUGUUAGUUCAUGCUGCAGGUUGAAGCCAGGGCACUUCAGCUGCUUUUAAGACUUUGCAUCUUCUGCGGAUUCCUGUUAACUGGCACAGGCAUCCUCGUGGAGUCGCUGCCUGGGUGAGCGUAUGCAGCACUGACACUAAUGGUGUGGAUUUCCUCUAGGUCAAACUUGGGCUGCAGGCCACACUGCUAAGCUGCUUCUGUCACCCAGCUUCUGCCCUGAGGUUGAGUUUGAUUGUGAUCAAAAGUACUAAUCAAAUACUGAUUUUUCUUUUUUUUUUUCCUUUUUUUCCCUUCCCCCCUGCCCUUCCUAGACCACAAAAGGCCAAGGCAGGAUCAAGUUAUCUAGGCUUGGACAGGAAGCUGGUUUAAAAAAAACCCUCAACUUUUCACUGAAGUGUUUCAGUUCACUUAUUGCCAGGAAACAAAUUUAUAUGUCCAGAUAAUGUCUGGCUGAUGUGGGUUGUGUGGCCACGGACUAUCCCAAGUCUGAGGAUGCUUGUGUGGAGCACAGGUGCUCCAGACUUGGGCUCUUAUUCUGUCUGAGGAACAGGUUAAAUUAGGGUAAGUGGUUAUGCAUUUGAGCAGUAUGAGCUGUUCCUGGGGCUCUGCUGGGGGCGGGGGGGGGCAGCCCCUGCAAUAUUUUGGGGGGGAUGGUCUGCAAAAGAACCGUAAGCUGCUGCUGGAGCAAGUGUCAGUUCAUGGCCCUAUUGCCAGCUAAGGUGUAGUGGAGCCGUCCCCAUGGCAGAGCCUGUGAGCAGAGCCCUUCACCGCAUGUCCAGCCCUCCUCACCCUGAGGGGACCGGCUGCUGGGGGGGCUGCUGUCGGGAGCUGGGGUGGAUAUCUGGCUGAUGGGGUGUGUGACAGCUCGUUCUCCUUCCUCUGCAUUUGGUGACAGGGUAACCACUGGAGGAAUCCUUUCUAAAAAGAGCUCUCAUCAGAAAGAUCGCAGGCAUCAGCUUAAUUAUUGCCUCUCUGGGCAUGUUUUGUAAUGGUUGGUUAUCAUUAAAAAGUAUUGUUUCCAUUUGAAUUUCUGAAACUUCAGUUUCCUGUUGGUGGGUUUUGUUAUGUCUUUGUUGAAUUCAAAAGCUCCCAGAAUCAGAUAUCUUGUUCUGCGCAAUGACACAGUCACUUCUGAAACUUCUCUUUGAUAAGAGAGAAGGAGCUGGGUCUGCUUUCAUCUCACCACAGAGCAGUCCAUAACCUCUUUAAACCCUUUGCAGGUUUUUAUAUCUUGUUAUGGAGUGCAGGAGCAAUGCUCUUGUACAAGUCCCAGCAGUGGUAUAGCAGAGGCCCACAUCCCUUAUCCCUCUUAAUACAUAGCUGGAGAUAGCACAUGAUAGGAAACACUAGCAAACUAUGACCCUGGCUCAGCAGUUUUCCCAAGCAGUUCCUGAUGUUGCCAUCAUACCCCUAGUAAUUCUUCAAAAAAUAAAUAAAAAGAAAUAUCUGUUUGUCUUCCAUCUCAGGCUGCACAGUAGUAGUAAAGACACUUUAGGUGGACACUUUACCUAGCUUUCUCUGGACUAGACACGGAUCUUGCAGAUGCUGCAUGCAGAGUUUGGUAUGGAACCCCAGCCCUGUAGCUAGCUGCAAGUUGUAUGAGGUCAGCCAGAUCCUUUCUUUGAAUUGGAGACAGGUUAUUUAUGUUUUGUUAUUAGACUGUUUAAAAUGCUGAUGGUAGCAGAUACUCUGCUCUAAGGAAAAGUAAAAUUUCAGAUGUUUUCCACUGAGACUUUCUCACUGCUGUUUUCUCACCGGAAAGAGAUCACAGGGCAACUUAGCUUGCUUUAUUUUCAUCUCUGGCACUAAGCUUCCUUGUCCAAGUUGUCAAAUCUGGUUCUUAAUUCUACAAUAAAGCCUGAUGCUCUUAUCUCCUUGAA